CUCGCCCCCCCUCCCCCCCCCGGGACAGUAAUGGCAGAGUCGUUUCGGAGAUUUUAACCAGCUCGCUCCAGGAAAGCAGCGCCGAUCGAUCUGAGCCCGGAUAGAGCCGAACCGCUUCGGGACCGGUCCAUAUAUCUCACGCACGACAUGAUGCGCUUCAUGCUGCUGUUCAGCAGACAGGGGAAGCUGCGUUUGCAGAAGUGGUACACGCCCACCUCGGAGAGAGACAAGAAGAAGCUGGUUCGGGAGCUCAUGCAGAUGGUUCUGGCCCGCAAGCCCAAGAUGUGCAGCUUCCUGGAGUGGAGGGACCUGAAGAUCGUGUACAAGAGGUACGCCAGCCUGUAUUUCUGCUGUGCAGUGGAGGAGCAGGACAACGAGCUCAUCACUCUGGAGGUGAUCCAUCGCUUCGUGGAGCUGCUGGACAAAUACUUCGGCAGCGUCUGUGAGCUGGAUAUCAUCUUCAAUUUUGAGAAGGCCUACUUCAUCCUGGACGAGUUCCUGAUGGGGGGAGAGAUUCAGGACACCUCCAAAAAGAGUGUUCUGAAAGCCAUAGAGCAGGCUGACCUAUUGCAGGAGGAGGAUGAAUCACCCCGCAGUGUUCUAGAAGAGAUGGGACUGGCGUAGUGGCUCUAGAACCCAAAACAUAGUACCCAGUUGAAAUA